UUUUCAAUCAAGUGAUUGAAUUGUUAAGACAAACAUGAGUCAAUGGAUCGGGAGAGUAGCUGCUGUGACAGGUGCCAGUACAGGAAUUGGUGCUGAAAUUUCUGCCCAGUUAGUAAAAUCUGGCUUAAAGGUUGUUGGGCUUGCACGAAGAGUCGAUCGUUUACAGAAAUUGAAAGACGAUUUAUCGAAAUUUGGUGAAUAUCAUCCUGUUCAAUGUGACGUCACUAAAGAGGAAACAAUUGUGAAAGCUUUUAAUUGGAUUGAUGAUAAUUUAGGUGGUGUUGAUAUUUUAGUUAAUAAUGCUGGAAUUUUGAAGAAUUCGUCACUAACCAGAGGAAAAACGGAAGACUGGAAACAAGUAUUUGACACAAAUGUGUUAGGCUUAUGUAUUGCAUCACGUCAAGCGAUAGCUUCAAUGGAAAAACGUAAUGUUGCUGGAUAUGUAAUUCAUAUAAACAGUAUUGCUGGUCAUCAAAUUCAUCCGCAAGUUGCACCUGUAUUAAAUGUUUAUGUUGCAUCAAAACAUGCGGUUACUGCUUUAACCGAAACCUUGCGAUUAGAAUUACUUACUAAAAACUCCGAUAUUCGUGUAUCAAGUGUAAGUCCAGGUGCUGUGCGUUCAGACAUAUUGGAGGCUUCGCAAUUACAAAAUUCUAGCUUUGUUAAUGAAAUCAACAACUGUGUUUUACAACCAAUUGACAUUGCUAAUGCAGUUUUAUAUUUACUAUCUACGCCACCUUCUGUGAAUGUAACUGAAUUGACAAUUAUGCCUUUGAAAGGAACUACGUAAGAAUAGGAAAGAAACUAAGCACUUUAUAAAAAUUGUCUGUUUAUCUUGUCAUAAAUAAAUUAAUAUUAAUAAGUUAACUAUAAUUUUAAAAAGUUAAUAAUUUUUUCUCUCUUAUGUUUUGGGAAAAAAUAGCGGCAAAAUUUUCUACUCAAUUGGAAGCAAAGGAGCUGGCAAAAUACAACCUUAUAUUUAAAAAUUCUUAUUAUUAUGAAAUGACAUUUUGAUGUCAUGAUUUGAAAAAACUGUUUUAAGUGAUUCAGAGAUACUACAAAAUAAAUUUUCUGGGUUUAACGAUGCCUUGAAAGGCUUAUACAAUUUUAUAUAUACACUUUUCCUAAACACUAAAAAUGGCGAAUUUCGGCUAUACUCACAUGAAUUCGAAAUAUAUUUAAGAAACAUCUUAUAUAUAUAAAUUCUCUUUCAUGUCCACACGAUAUCUUCCCUAUUCCUUUAUCAAAUUCCAUGAUUGAUCCGAGGUUUUAAAGCUUAUCGUGCCAGCUGCUAUAAAAAAAUAGAUUCACGGUUUAAAAUAAACCACUUAAGAAAAACCAGGCUAGAGAAAUUAUUUAAACAUUUUAUUUCAUUAUGCAAUUUGUAUAUCAGAUCUGUAUUAAAAAUGCCUAUAAAUAAAAAUAAAAUAAAUUAC